AUGUUGUGGCUGUUAGCAAUUUUUCUCUUUGGUGGCUUCGUUCAUAGCCAUGCUACGACUCAUUACCAUAGUUUUGUGGUGGUAGAGACACCAUACAAUAAGCUAUGCAGCAACAAGACUAUACUAACAGUAAAUGGGCAAUUUCCAGGGCCAACUAUUUAUGUCACUCAGGGGGACACAAUAGUGAUUGAUGUCAUCAACCGGGCCCGGGAAAACGUAACAAUCCAUUGGCACGGAGUGAAACAACCAAGAUAUCCGUGGUCCGAUGGGCCCGAGUACAUAACCCAGUGCCCGAUCCAGCCCGGUUCAAUGUUCAACCAGAGGAUCGUGUUGUCGGACGAGAUUGGUACUAUGUGGUGGCACGCGCACAGCGAGUGGUCCCGAGCCACCGUGCACGGUGCCCUAAUUGUUCUCCCUAAAAGAAAAAAUGAUUAUCCUUUUCCUAUACCUCAUGCAGAAAUUCCAAUCAUAUUAGGUGAAUGGUGGAAAAGUGACAUAAGGGCUGUUGUAAGUGAAUUUCUUGAAAAUGGAGGGGACCCAAAUGUGUCUGAUGCUUUUCUAAUCAAUGGCCAACCGGGUGAUUUAUACCCGUGCUCAAGACAAGAUACAUUCAAACUCACCGUUGACUAUGGCAAGAGAUACUUGAUCCGAAUGGUUAACGCCGUCAUGAACAACAUCAUGUUCUUUCGAAUCGCCAACCACAACGUCACGAUUGUCGGAUCAGACGGUGCUUACACGAAGCAGUUAACGAGCGACUACAUUGCCAUAUCUUCCGGUCAAACAAUCGACUUCUUGUUAGAAGCCAACCAAAACCCUAGCCAUUACUACAUGGCCGCAAGGGUUUAUAACGUAGCCGGGACUUUCGAUAACACGACCACAACCGCAAUAAUCGAGUAUAGUGGAAACUACACUCCCCCACCUUCCCCUUCACUCCCCACACUUCCCGAUAUCAACGACACCCGUGCGUCGGCCGAUUUUACGGGACAACUCAGAAGCCUCGCGAGUCAAGACCACCCGAUCGACGUGCCGUUGAACCCGACUACUAUAUUGUUCUUCACGCUCUCGAUCAACUUGAGGCCGUGCGUUAACAAUAGUUGUGCGGGCCCACUAGGCGAGAGGCUCUUGGCUAGCAUCAACAACAUAACCUUCCAACAACCUAGGACCGCGAUUCUCGAAGCUUACUACGAACGAAUUAAGGGAGUUUACAGAGCUGAUUUCCCGAGCGACCCGCCUCUAACUUUCAACUACACUGCAGAUUUCGUGCCCGUGGACCUCUGGAGGCCGGAGAACGGUACUGAGGUGAGGCUUCUCGAGUACAAUUCAACGGUCGAGCUCGUUUUUCAGGGAACGAAUACCGUGGCAGGGAUCGAUCACCCAAUGCACUUGCACGGGCAUAGCUUUUACGUGGUCGGUUGGGGUUUCGGGAAUUUCGAUAAGGAUAGGGAUCCUCCAAACUACAACCUCGUGGACCCACCGCUGCAGAACACGAUUGCAGUUCCGAGAAGCGGGUGGACGGCUAUCAGGUUUCGGGCGAAUAAUCCAGGUGUUUGGUUGAUGCAUUGCCACAUUGAGAGGCAUGUAAGUUGGGGAAUGCAGAUGGUAUUCAUUACUAAAAAUGGAAAGGGUCCAAAUGCUAGAAUGCAUCCUCCACCACCAGAUUUCCCAAAAUGUCCAUGA